AUGGGCGACUUUGAGGCGACCAAAACGGCCGCUGACGUCCGGGAGCGUCCCCUGAAAGAACAUUCAGACAUUGCCAGAGAUGGCCCUCAGACCAACCAACCUGAGGCCCCCCAGCCGGCUAUUGCGAGCUUCUUCUCCAGACGCAGGGGCCGUGAUCUCGAGGAGAUUGCCACCCAGCCCUCAGUAUAUGAUGACCCAAAGCUAGCACCGUAUUUCCAACCGAAUCCGAAGUAUGAGAACCUGCAUCGAUUCGACCCUGAUUUCAAGUGGAAAUGGGGAGAGGAAAAGCCUUUGAUCCGUAAAAUUGACUGGAGGGUCACCAUUUGGGCGGCACUCGCUUUCUUCGCGCUGGAUCUCGAUCGCAGUAAUAUCAGUCAGGCUAAUACAGAUAACUUCCUCGAUGACAUGGGAUUGGAUACUAAUGAUUAUAACCUGGGACAAACGCUGUUUAAGGUGGCGUUUCUGAUAGCCGAGCUGCCAUCUCAGCUCGUCAGUAAAAAGAUAGGUCCGGAUCGAUGGAUUCCAGCUCAAAUGUGCCUCUGGAGCAUUGCCUCAGCUGCUCAAUUUUGGCUCAACAGCAGAGCAUCAUUUCUAGCUUUACGAGUGAUAAUUGGAGUUCUUCAAGGCGGGUUUAUUCCUGAUAUUAUUCUGUAUCUUUCAUACUUCUUCAAAAGCGACGAACUCCCUUUACGUCUAGCUAUCUUUUGGAUGGCGAACAGACUGACGGAUGUCGUUUCUCCAUUGAUUGCAUAUGGUGUCUUGCAUAUGCGUGGAACUCACGGCCAGGAGGGAUGGAGAUGGCUGUUCCUCAUUGAGGGCCUUAUCACCCUGAUCAUCGGCAUCUGGUCAAUCUUCCAGAUGGCGCCAUCUCCCACACAGACAAAGGCAUGGUGGCGACCGCAUGGUUGGUUCAACGAGUACGAAGAAAAGAUUAUGGUGAACCGCAUCCUCCGCGACGAUCCAUCCAAGGGCGACAUGCACAAUCGCCAGGCGAUCACGCCAAAGCUGCUGUGGAAAUCGCUCUGCGAUUUCGAUCUCUGGCCCAUUUAUGCCAUCGGCCUGACAUUUGGCAUCCCUCCUUCUCCGUCGGAUCAGUAUCUUACUUUGACCCUGCGCGGACUCGGGUUUGAUACCUUCAACUCUAACUUGCUGAGUAUUCCGGCUCAGAUUAUAACUACAAUUAAUAUGUUGAUCUUGACAUACAUAUCCGUGAAAUGGAACCAGCGGGCGUGGCUCGGUCUAUUCACACAGUUCUGGUUUCUUCCGUGUCUUGUCGCCUUAGCCGUUUUACCUGAGGGAACUCCUCGCUGGGGCUCAUAUGCACUCGUCACUGUGAUUCUAUCAUACCCAACCCCGCAUGCAAUGCAAGUCGGAUGGUGCAGUUCGAACUCCAACACCGUCCGGACACGGACUGUCUCAGCAGCUUUAUACAAUAUGAUGGUGCAAGUACAGGCGAUUAUAGCCUCGAAUAUCUACCGCGAGGACGACAAACCGCUCUACCGUCGGGGAAACCGUGUUCUCAUUGGGAUUAACUGUUUGAAUGUCGUCCUGUAUCUUUUCGCGAAGUGGUAUUAUGUGAAUAGGAAUAAACAGCGUGAGAAGGUAUGGGGGGGUAUGACUCCAGAGGAGAAGGAAGAGUAUCUGAACACGACGACCGAUCAGGGGAACAAGAGGUUGGAUUUCCGGUUCGCUCACUAG